GGGCUCUCUCACGGUGAUUAUUUCCCCAAGUGUCUGACGUAGUGUAUCAUUUUUAGCGCAACGAUGCCUGAGCCUACCAAGUCUGCUCCUGCUCCGAAGAAGGGCUCCAAGAAGGCGGUGACCAAGGCGCAGAAGAAGGACGGCAAGAAGCGCAAGCGCAGCCGCAAGGAGAGCUACUCCGUGUACGUGUACAAGGUGCUGAAGCAGGUCCACCCCGACACCGGCAUCUCGUCCAAGGCCAUGGGCAUCAUGAACUCCUUCGUGAACGACAUCUUCGAGCGCAUCGCGGGGGAGGCGUCGCGGCUGGCGCAUUACAACAAGCGCUCGACCAUCACGUCCAGGGAGAUCCAGACGGCCGUGCGCCUGCUGCUGCCCGGGGAGCUGGCCAAGCACGCCGUGUCCGAGGGCACCAAGGCCGUCACCAAGUACACCAGCUCCAAGUAAAUUUGUCAAAUGAACAACCUUGAUUUACGCUUCCGACUCCCCUCUAAAUCCUGGCUGUAGAAAAAGAAGAUUCAGGAGAAGCAGAGAUCAACUUAAGGGAAAGUUUGGAGUUCUCGAAUCUUAUUUUGGUAGCAUGAGCAUUCAGUGUUAAACAGAAUUAAAAGACCUCCUUUUCUUCACAUAAGCAGCGGAACUUGAGUGGUUCUUCCUUCCAUAAAUCAUGAAAUUUGUUAGCAUGGACAGUGAAUGGAAGUUGUAGAAAAGCAGAGAUAUUGUGUUUUAGAAUUUUGUUUAACAGUUGGACAAUAAAUGUUAAUCUGUACUUCAUAAAUACAAAACAAUAUUUUAUAAAUAUCACAGCCAAAUUGUGGUUAUUUUUUAGGAAAGAGGGAGAAGCGUUGGGGAAAAAAAAAGGUGAGAGAAGUUGAGAAGGACUCAGAAAAGGAAUGGAAGAAGCAAACUGCUACUAUAAAAGAGAAGGAAAGAGCUUAGAGUCCAAAAAGAAGUUGUACAGGAGAAUGUGGGACGAGUAAGGCAGAGAGAGAGAAAAAAAA